AUGGCGGAUGUCCCAUGUGUUAUAAUCAAGAGAUGUAAUUCAGACUGGAGCUGUUGUGGUAUCGUUUUAGACAGUAAUAACGGCAUUUUGUUAACAGUUGCGUCUUUAUUUAGUGACACUUUGCAUCAAAAUGAAAGGCAGCGGACAAUUUCCGAGGAUUCCCCCAUCCUUGUCAGUUCAAUGUCACCAAAUGAUGAAAUCGCUGUCGAGGUUAUCUUUCGAAGUCACACAGACGAAGAAUUUAGAACAUUCGAAGGCUAUGUUAUCUUGUUUUGGAGAGAUUACGGACUUAAGAGAAUUACUGAACUUAUUUUUCCAACGUCGGAAUGGAAAUUCGAACUAUUUGGUCAUGAUCAGAAAUAUUUUCAAGGAGCCUCAGACGAAGAACAUGGGAACGACACGUCCCAGCUGCAUCAGACCGCCCUAUCAGAUUUUGCUCUGAUCAAAGUGAAAAAUCCUGAGAAUUUCUGCUCAUCUUACAGUUUGGUUAAUCUACGAACGCUGCGUGGCCUUGAAAACCCUAAAAUAGGCGAUUCUUUGUGUGUUAUUGGCACACCUUUCGGGUGUGAAUGUCCCCAAGUUUUCUACAACAGCGUUUCUAAAGGGAUCGUGUCUAAUGUCCUGGGACGGAACAAUGAAAUGAUCAUCACUGAUGCCCGUUGUAUUCCAGGCUGUGAAGGAUGCGCAUUGUACACUUUCAACCAAAAACCUGGAUUAUUGAAUGGUAGAGAUCUCUAUGGAAUCGUUCUUGCACCAUUUUGUUGGCGGAACGGCGAGUGGAUCGGAAUAACUUUAGCAUGUUCACUGUGGUAUAUAAUACAUAAUUUGUCACAACUAUUGAAGGGGAACAUAUCUUUGAUUCCACUCAAGUUAACGGAAAUUCUAGCCAAUGUGUUAGACUUCCAGGUCAAAAUACAGUCUCAGCAGAAUGUCAUCACAGAAGAUAACAUGCUUGUGUACAAAGGCACCCACUCAACUGUCAUACAUGUAGAUCGAGACAGUUCUAACCUUCAGGACAUAAUAAAGAUAGCUCUUUCAAGUGUUGUAAUGGUUCAGUGUGGUAACAGAUGGGGCUCAGGUGUUAUAAUUGAUAGUGAAGAUGGUCUCGUCGUAACCUGUAGUCAUGUGGUUAAAGAUUGUCAGAAUCCCCUUAUUGUGACAGGGAGCAGUAAUACUGUACAAUGUUUCAGGGACAAGGACAAAGUCAAGCUAUGUGGGAAUUAUGACCACAGUGCUCAUCAGAAAGUACAAGUUCUCUUUGCCACUCAAGAAGAAUGCCCUUUAGAUUUUGCUUUGUUGAAAAUGCAACUGAAUCAACAGUUAAGACCUCUUAGAUCAAGACUAGAGACUAAUCUUGAGCAGAGAAAAUCUCCAAAAUCUUUUGCCAAACAUCGUUACAAGAAAGGCAAGGAUGUCCUUGUAAUUGGUUUUCCUCUGUUUGCAAGCCACUUGAACACAGGAGCGUCAGUUGUUUCUGGGGUAAUAUCAAAUAUUGUUCGUGUUCAGAAACAGACAGUGUUACUUCAGUCAACUGCAGCAGUUCACUGUGGUACAAGUGGAGGGGCACUGGUGUCUGCUGAGACUGGGGAACUGUUAGGAAUGAUAACAAGUCAUGUGAAAGAUGCAAACAUGUCCUGUACCUUCCCUCAUGUGAACUUUAGCAUUCCAGCUGACUUACUGUAUCAACUAGUUUCAUCAGUAAAGGAUGGGACAAUUGAAAAUACUCUGCAAGCUCUUGUCUCAAAUGACUUGAAAAAUAUAUGGCAAUUAGAAAAAAAUCUUUGCUGACAAGCCUCAAAUUAUUAGCAAGCUGUAAGAAGCUUUGCCUUUUUUUUCCCACAAGUGACCCAAAAAAUUGAUUUCUCCUUACAGUAUUUUUACAUUUUCAGGCAAAAAGGUGAGGAGAAGAGGGAAAAAUGAUCGACAUAGGGGUGUUAAAUGAUUUAUCACCAAAUUCCUAAAGCUUAAAUUGUUUAACACAUGACAGACAGUGUGGAGAACAAAUACCUAGAUCGAGGAUUCAGAGGGUUAGUCUUUUAACCUUUUAGUUCCUUAAGUAUGACGACAAAGGGUAUGUUAGGCAAGGAGAAUUACAACAGGUCCAAACACGCUAGAUAAACAGUUCUCUUUUAAUCUGACUGUACACCAGAAGAUUUUAAACUCAAAUACAGUGACUAUUGAUAACAUCAUUCCCCAGAUGUAGUCUGGCCUAAGGGGCCUGGAUAUGAGUGACAGGCAGACAGGUAUCAGAGGUGGAACUAGCAUUUGUACUGUGUAGGAUUCUUAUUUGUCAUACGAUAUGCUCACCUUGGACAAGUAAUAUCAUAGCAAAACCAUGAUCAAAGCUGACUUGUGUAGGGCUGGACAGAUUGACAAGAGCCGGUCUGGAUAAAACCAUCCGGCCCUGCACUCUAACAAAAAUAAAGAGAUUUGUUUAUGUGGAACUUAGGGGGAAACAGAAAUGAGAAAAUAAGAUGGAUUGACAAGAGCCAGUCUGGAUAAAACCAUCUGGCCCUGCACUCUGACAAAAAUAAAAGGAUUUGUUCACGUGGAACUUAAGGGAUAACAGAAAUGAGAA